AUGAAGGUGUUGGCCUCCGCCGCGUCAUGGGCCUGGGCCCUGUCUCUGGUUGGGCUCUCAUCCAGCGCUCCGCAGGCGGCCGGCAACGGCGGCAACGGCAGCAACAAGCCCGCCAUGCCGGUGGUCAAGACAACGGUGACGGACAAGGGCCAGGUGCUGGACUGGGUUCCCGUGGGCGCCCAGGCCGCCAAGAUUGCCUCUCCGCCGCCCGCCAGCGUCAUGAGGCGCGCGCCGUCGUCGCGCGACGCGGCGCUGGUGCAUGCCAUCAAGCCCAAGGACCCGGGGCCGGCGGGGACGGUGCCGAUCCUCCGCGCCGGCGGCCCCACCAGGCCGAUGAAGCGGCCGCCCCCCCACGGCAAGCCCCUGAAGGACAAGGGCGAGGGCGAGGGCAAGAAGACGGCUUCCAAAAGUGCCAAACCCGCCAAACCCACACAAACCAAAAAGACCACCGGAUCCGCCACAAGCUCCCAGGCCGCCGCCGUCCCCACCACCUCCUCCUCCUCCUCCUCCUCCUCCUCCUCAUCCUCCGCGGGCAACACCACCAGCCCCGACGCCCGCGACCUCAACGCUCUCGGCGCGCGCGACACGUACAGCGGCCAGCACUGGUGGGCCAGCACCGGCCAGCCCGUCGACAACCAUGGCGGAACGGCCACGUACAACAUGUUCAAGGCCUUUGUGCAGAGCCCGCUCGACUUCAGCCUCCUCCAGGUGGCCGUGCUCCGCAGCGACGCGCCCAACAAGAGCCAGACGAUCGAGGCCGGCUGGAUCAACUACCCCAUCCAGGUGGCGGACCCGCACCUGUUCAUCUUCUACACCACCAACGGCUACGAAAAGUACGGCGACAACCUCUGCGGCUGGAACCGCGACGUGGCCGGCUGGGUGCAGUACGACCAGUACAUCUACCCGGGCGUGGCCUUUGGGCCCCUCUCGUCCGUGGGCGGCUCCAUGUACGAGGCCGACAUUGGCUUCUACUACUUCCAGGGCAACUGGUGGAUGUCGACGCUCGGCAGGUGGAUCGGCUACUAUCCCGGGAGCCUCUUCUCGCAGGGGGGGGUGGACCCGACGCUGACGCUCAGCCACCACUCGAACCAGAUCAACUUUUACGGCGAGGUGUACAACAGCGAGGUCGACCUGACGACGACGGACAUGGGCAGCGGCGUGUUCCCGGAAUCCGGCUUCGGACGGGCGGCCUACAUGAGGAAGAUGUACUACUACGACUUGAACAACGUGGCGCAUCCGUACGACGGCAGCCAGCGCUUCUACCUCAGCGACUCGAAUCGCUACCGCCUCUCGCCGACCUGGAACUCGGGCACGGACUGGGGGAGCUACAUGUUUAUCGGGGGGCCGGGGGCAGGCGGCGUGACGGGGGGGUGA